CCCUCUCUCACUUUCGUUUAAGCGAUGGCCACAUAUAGAAGUGCCCACAGCGAGCCGUACACGAGUAAGAGCAAAAGCAACAGCAACAGCAGCAGCAGCAGUCGCCUGACGGCAUUGAGAAAACGCCUGACCACGUGUUUCCAGCAGUGGUGCCAACAGCUCCAGAAGCCGGCUUCCUUCCAAAAGUGCAAAAGUGGCCCCAACCACCAGUUUUACAAGAUCUUUGAGGAGGUAUUUGACAGCAAGGUAUUUGGCGACAAGACCAAAUAUAUUCGGCAGUUUAAGAAGAUUUUCAAAGGGAACAGGGACUUAGCUAAGAAAAGUGAGCCAGGGAGGGUAGUGCUAGUGCUAGUGCCCGAGAAACCAGUGGACGACACAGAGGAGAGCCAGAAGAAACAGCCGCAGCUUGUGGCCAGACUCUUUUCAUCCACACUGAUAUCCGCGAAGGAGGAGAUCUCCUGUAGCUACAACAGCAUCAGCAUGACUAUCAUCGACAGCAAUUACAUCGAAGUGCGGGAGGAGUACCCGGAGAUUGACAGCGAGAUACGGUCCAUACUGCUGGCCAAUGCCCAAAGUGGCAUCACGAUAUCGACCAUCAAAAAUGAAUAUCGAAAAUUGACGGGCAAUCCGUUUCCGCUGCACGAAAAUAUCACAGACUUUCUGCUCACCAUCCCCCACGUGACCGCCGAAUGCUGCGUGUCCGGGAAGCGAAUUUUUAACAUGAAGCCACGCCCGGAGACUCGCCACCUGUACGAUAUGGUCCUCCAUCAGAAGCGAAGCAACGACCUGGGGACCAACGACCAUCCGGUGGCUGCACCACCCCCACGCCUCUGGCGCUGUCAGUACAAGCGUCGGGCCCUGGUCUCACUGAACACCAACAACAACAACAACAACAGCAAAAACUACAAUGUCAACCAAAAUAUCAAUCACAUCGAGGAGAAGGUACCGGCUGUUGGUGGCAAAGAAGUCACCAUUGAAGCCCAGGCGGGUCCACUGCAGCAACUGGCCAGGGCUGCGGCGGAGUCAAACUGGUGCUAUCAGGACAACUGGAAUCAUCUCAAGAACUGCUAUCAGCGAGCUAACAUCUUUGCCGAUCCUCCAGAGAAGCCACCGCCGUUGCCGGCCCAAGAAAACCAUCAUCGUAAUUCCAACAGCCAGAACCAUCGGGAUAACCUAAAGAACCAACGGAAUUUGCUAGUGAACGAACAUCAUAGUAUGCAGCAGGAGUAUCAGUAUCAGUAUCCCACCCCCACCCCCACACCCACACCCACACCCACACCCACCACCAUAUCGAGUGGGACUCGGCAUGACUCCAUGUUCACCAUCAACUCGGAUUACGAUGCCUACUUGUUGGACUUUCCCCUACUGGGAGAUGAUUUCCUCUUGUAUCUGGCUCGGAUGGAGCUGAGGUGUCGUUUCAAGCGGAGCGAGAGGGUCCUGCAGUCGGGUCUGUGCGUAUCUGGGCAGACUAUAAGUGGCGCCCGGUCGCGUCUGCAUCAUUUGCAAGUGAACAAGGGUACGCAAAUAAUUGUCAAUAUUGGAUCCGUGGACAUAAUGCGGGGCAGACCGAUUGUCCAAGUCCAACAUGACUUUCGUCUGUUGAUCAAGGACAUGCACAAUCGGGGACUGGUCCCGAUCCUAACCACAUUGGCCCCGCUGGCCAAUUAUUGCCACGACAAAGCGAUGUGCGAUAAGGUGGUCAAGUUCAACCAGUUCAUUUGGAAAGAGUGCGCCAGUUACCUGAAGGUGAUCGAUAUACACUCGUGCCUGGUCAACGAAAAUGGCGUCGUCCGGUUCGAUUGUUUCCAGUACUCAUCGCGUAAAGUGACGGGCUCCAAGGAAUCCUAUGUGUUCUGGAACAAAAUUGGUCGGCAACGUGUCUUGCAAAUGAUUGAAGCGAGUCUGGAGUAUUGAUCGUAUUCGAUGCAUGGAGACUGGUCUGGCACCUGUCUCCUCAAUUGGAGGAGAUGAAGAUGAAGAUGUUUUAUAUCCACGCUGACGGCGCAAACGCUGAAAUUCGAGAUUCGCUUAAUAUUUUUAAUGUGUUUUAUGUUUCCAUGUUCAUUUUUAUGUUUACUUGUAUUUGUUCCUUGUAAUUGUCUGUUUGUGUAAGUCCCUAGUGUAAAUGAUUGUUUAAAAUUUUUUUGCGUUUUUUGUAUUCGUUGUUUCCUGUUCGAUUUUAUCCUUUUCCCGAGUUUUCUGUUGCUUUGGAUCGAUUUUGUCGGUAUUUUGAAUUUUUCUACCUUGUUUUUGCUACUAUCCCAAAAACUACAGAAAACUUCAUUAACAAUAACGAUUCGAGACGACGGAAAACUUGUCUAAAAAUGUUCUUGAAAUUUCAAACACAUUUCCCAUUGCAAUCUACGUGAAUGGAUUGCAAAGCGAAAUGAUAUUCAAAUGCAAAUCAUUGCAAAUGUUAUAAACUGUUUUCUGUUACUCUUAUUCUGUAUUAUUCUGUUUGUUGGCCAAAAUGUUUCAUUCUCCUGUAUGCCAGCACCUCCCUCUCGUUCCAUGAGUGGGAGUGGGUUAUAUACAUUUGAGUCAUGCUACAUUUUGGCCCUAGACUGAAAAUGCAUUUGCUUCACUUGAAGCCUUCGCUUGCACAGAAUCAAC